AUGCCUGCGGUGGAAAAAGAGUACGAUACCCAUUUGGAGCGCAGAGGCAAAUCCCCCGCCGCCAUGGGGGAAGACAAUGUUUCGAUCACCAUGAGGUUUGUCAAGGUACGCGGAAGACGCUCUUCUCCGGCUGAUCCAGUAAUUUAUGAAGACGGGGGCGACAUAGUAGCUGAUGAGUCGAUUUGGGUAGAUUUCUGUACCAUCAAGCAGAAACGAUACGAGUCUUAUUAUAAACAGCAGAUCGCGGCGUAUCUUUCGACCAUGGGUGUCCCGGAAUUUUACCAUCCACGUGUUUUCGAAAUUCUGUUCGAAGAGUUAGAGGCGGCCGUGUCCCCUGAGCCUCCUAUUGCGAUGGCCAUAUUCGAAGUCGAUUUGCGGAUAGAUACUCGUACGGCUCGAUCAGCAAUCGAGGGCUUGGAAAAUGUGAGACUUGAUAGAGCUGUUAUGGAACGCACGCCGUCGUGCGCAAUUUGUUGGGUGGAUUUUGUAGAACAAGAUGUUGAUCAACUGAUGCUUACUCGGAUGCCCUGCUCCCACUAUUUCCACGGGGAUUGUAUUCGUCCGUGGCUGCACAUCAAUCGUCUAUGUCCCAUGUGCCGAUACCCCAUGCCGUUAGAGGAGGAGGAGCCGUCAAAUCAAUCCCCCUAA